CCAUCCCAUCUUUCUUCCAACAACCUGCAAACAAGAGUUGUUACGAUCAACGCUCACUCUCGCCUGGUGACCAUAAACAGGGGAAUGUUACCACAUCCAUGAUUCUCCACCCAAUGUCCCUGCGCCAUCAAUGCCACACAGGGCAGGUCGCAGCUCCGCAUAUCCGUUAUUCCAUCCACGUCACGGUCCAACACCAUAGCAACAGCCACCAUGGCGUCUACUCCAAACGAUGAAGGUGCUCGACCAAGGCCCUUACCAAAUCAUCCAGAAACAAAGAUGCCUGCCAUCCCGAAAGGCACCCGCAUCCAAAAGCGUCCCCUUCCCGGGCCCUCCCCAUCCCACUCGCGAUCGAAUUCCGCCGUAACCUUCGACCAAGACGGCUACCAUCCCCCUCCACGCGCCACCCACACCGCCGUGAUCAAAGUCUCGUCCGGCGCAAGCUUUAUGAGCCUCGUCAAGCGCGUGCGCAAGGCGCUAGAGAAAACACCACAAUCAGCAACAACAAAAGGGCUGUCGCUUGCGGCGCGGGUGGCGACGCUCAAAGUUGCCAAACCGAACAGCGCCACUAGUGGCAUCAAUAGCAGCAAAAGCCAAAAGGCGGGGAUAGAGGAUGCGCUAGAUGACGUGGUGCUGGUUGCCACGGGGAAGGCGAUACAGAAGGCUGUGGAGGUGGGCGCCUUUUUCACGAGGGAGAGGGAGCUGGUGGUGUUAGUGAGGACGAGGACGCUGCAGGCUGUGGAUGAUGUGGUGGUCGAGGAUGAAGACACGGCGGAUGUGGAGGAUCAGGUGCGGGUGAGGAAUGUGAGUUGUAUCGAGGUGGGGAUUCGAUGGGCGUCCUUGUGAUGUUGUGAUGGGGCAAUUCUUGGUGUGAGAACGCAUGC